GUCACCAUGAUACUUCUGGCCAGUUGCCUUCUGUCCAUGGACAAUGAAGAACGGAAAAAGCGGCCACCUCGGAAGCGGCGAUGGUGGGUUCGUCCAGCUUUGCAGAAGCGAGAGAUGUUGGGCCACGCUAACGCUUUGUUGCCGCACCUCCGAUCACGCGACGUUGAAUACUACCGCGACUAUUUAAGGAUGCCGCCGCGAACUUUUGAUCGACUUUUGGAACUGGUGGGGCCUAGAAUAAGAAAAGCGGAUACCAAGCUCCGCAAGGCCAUUCCGCCAGACCACCGCCUAGCUUUGGCUGUGAGAUUUUUAGCAGCUGGCGAAACGAUAAGGACCUCGUCAUUUAAUUUCCUGGCUGGACGGUCGACCGCCUGCAAGAUAAUUGCCGAGGUCUGCCAAGCCAUCUGGGAGGUCAUUGGCCCUAUUUAUGUAAAAUGUCCGUCAUCGGCAGCUGAGUGGCUGAAGGUUGCAAACGAGUUUGAAGAGAAGUGGCACUUGCCUCAUUGUAUUGGAGCCAUUGAUGGCAAACACGUGGUCAUUGAGUGCCCCGCAAAAUCAGGAACCUUAAACAGGAACUACAAAAGUAGUUUCAGCAAGUCAUUGCUUGCGAUAAGUGAUGCAAGUUACAGGUUCCUGUAUGUCGAAAUUGGGCACUUCGGCAGUGAGUCGGAUGGUGGCGUGUUUGCACGCAGCAAGUUCCAGGAGUUGAUUUUGGCAAAUCAAAUUGGAAUUCCUGAGGACUCCGAGAUUGGCAGCAUUGGCAAGAUGCCCUAUUUUUUUGUUGGAGAUGAGGCUUUCCCUCUGAAGACCUUUAUGAUGAGACCUUAUUCUCGCAAAACCCUUCAACCGCUGUUUGCCGACACAUCUGAUGCAAGUCAGACAUUUGAAGAGAGACAUCAGAGAAGAAUUUUCAACUACAGACUUAGCCGAGCUCGAAGAGUGGUGGAGAAUGCUUUUGGCAUUAUGGCACAAAGAUGGCGAAUUCUUCGACGGCCAUUUAAAGCAAAGGACGAUAAUGUGAACAGAAUUGUGUGUGCUUGUGUAGCGCUACACAAUUUUUUACUUCAUGAAUCGCCUGGGUCUCGAGCUGUUUACUGUCCACCAGGAACAGCUGACUGUGAGGAUUGGCAAGGGCAAGUGACUGAAGGCAGCUGGAGAGCUGAAGAAGGCAGCAGAGAUGCUUUGUCUGCAUUGCAGUCUACGGGCUUUCACUCAACCAGGCAAGCCUAUGCUGUGAGGGACAAGCUUUGCCUGUACAUCAUUUCCGAUGAUGGCAGGGUCCCCUGGCAAGACAGCAUCAUCGAUACUACCAGAUAGAAAGUUGUGUGUCCGUAUGCGGUGCACUUUCUGAACUUUCUGGCACCACCAUCUCUUCGAAGUCGUCUGUAUCUCCUGUUGCUGGUACAUCUUCAACAUCGUGACUGGCUGCUGCUGGGCCGUCAGCUACGAUCAUUCUGCA